AUGGAUCAGUUCCCCCAAGCCGAAGUAACAGCAACUGAUCUCUCACCAACACAGCCAAAAUGGGUCCCCCCAAAUGUGCGUUUCGAGAUCGACGACGCCACCGAGACCUGGACCUGGAAAGACAACGCCUUUGAUUUCGUCCACAUGCGUUAUCUCUUCGGGGCUAUUCAGGACUGGACUGCUUUGUACCAACAAGCCUACCGUGUUUGUGCGCCGGGGGGCUGGGUUGAGUCUGUUGAAGCCGAUAUUCAUUUUCGUAGUGAUGAUGGCACAGCUGAAGAACAAGAGGUGUAUAAGUUGUGCAACAAGCUGUAUGAAGAGGGCGGUAAGGCGAUUGGUAGACCGUUCUUUGUGAAUGAGUUGCAACCAAAGGGGAUGGAAGAAGCGAGGUUCGUGGACAUCAAGACGGUGGACUACAAGAUCCCGAUUGGGGAUUGGCCCAAGGACCCAAGGCUAGCUGAGGUCGGCCGAUUUGUCAAGCUGACAUUGGAGAAUGACAUUGAAGGAUAUACUCUGCUGUUGUGGAAUAAUGUGCUGCAGUGGCCCAAGGACGAGUACCAGGUGUUCCUAAUGCAGAUCAGAAAGGCUCUCCGCAACCGCAAGAUUCAUGGUUAUUUUGUGGUACGCUAUGUGUACGGCCGUAAGCCAGAAUCGCAUGAGGCAUAG